CUUUUACAAUCUUACUCUCCAAGGAAACAAGAUGGGAAGGGCUUCAAGGUGGCUGAAGAGCUUGUUUGGGAUGAAGAACGGCAAAGAUAACUUGAAUCCCUGUGAAGGGAAAGAUAAGAGAAAGUGUAGCACUGGAUAUUCUGGGCGAGAUUCGAGCAGCACCACUACAAUAUCACCGGCUAAGGUUGCGUGGCUAAGAUCAUGCUACAAUGAAACAGAGAGGGAGCAGAACAAGCACGCCAUUGCGGUGGCAGCCGCCACUUCAGCCGCCGCGGAUGCAGCAGUAGCCGCUGCGCAGGCCGCAGUGGCGGUGGUGAAGCUGACGAGUCAUGGUAGAGGCACCAUGUUCGGCGGCGUACAUGAGAGGUGGGCUGCUGUCAAGAUUCAGACAGUUUUCAGAGGAUAUCUGGCUCGAAGAGCACUACGAGCUUUGAAAGGAUUAGUGAAAAUACAGGCGCUUGUUAGAGGAUAUUUACUGAGGAAACAAGCUUCAGCCACUCUUCGUAGCAUGCAGGCAUUGAUGAGAGCACAAGCUACCAUUAAAUGCCGGAGAGCUCGUGGAAUCAUCAACAACGACGCCGUUAGAUUUGACAUCCGAGCACGAAAACCCAUGGAGAGAUUUGAUGAUAGUAGAAGUGAACACAUAGUUUCAAAUCAUAGCAGAAGACUGUCAGCUUCUCUCGACACUGCAAUUAACAUCGAUCAAAGUCCCAAAAUCGUGGAGGUCGAUACAGGCAGGCCUAAUCGGAGAACCAACACUUCUUUAUCGGAUUUCGUUGAUGACCCUCCUUACCAAACGCUGCCGUUUCCUUCUCCUCGACUUCCGGCCCGUUUGUCGAUACCAGAUAGGCGCCAUUUUCACGACACCGAUUGGGGAUUAACCGAAGAUGAAUGCAGAUUCUCUACGGCACACAGCACGCCUCGCAUUACCAAUCCUUGUAUGUAUAAAGCGCCGGUUACACCGGCCAAGAGUGUGUGCGGCAACAACUUUUUCAGGCACUGCGGGGAUUUUCCGAAUUAUAUGGCGAACACGCAGUCUUUCAAGGCAAAGUUGAGGUCUCAUAGUGCUCCGAAACAAAGACCAGAUUCGGGGCCGAAGAAAAGGGUUUCUCUCAAUGAAAUGAUGGAAUCGAGGUGCAGUUUAAGUGGGGUUAAGAUGCAGAGAUCGUGCUUACGAGCUCAAGAAGCCAUUAAUUUCAAGAAUGUGGUGAUGGGGAAGCUUGAUAGGUCCUUUGAAUUCGGUAGAGACUCUGAGAGGAACCAUUUGCAGAUCAGAAGGUGGUGAUUUAAGAGGGAUAAAAACAAGUUAGAAAUUAUGUGUAGAAUUUAUA